AUGCCUUCGAAUGGGACCUCCGAAUCCUCGAGCCGUCGGACACGGACUACGAAGGCAACACGCGUUACCUCAAGGAAACGAUCAUCCGCAUACGACAAUAAUUUCGAGCAGGACCUCAUCGACCACAACAUCUACCCUAGGGGGUUUCCAUAUCCUGAUGAUGACUCAGUACCAGAGCCCAGCAACUUUGACGACAUAGUCCAAGCAAUAGCGGCUCCCCGGGCGUCUCUAUCGCCGUCCCGUGUCUCUCGCGGAACCUUUCGAAAGUUCUGCCUAAUGAAUGAGCGUAUCAAAUCCGAAGGCAAUGUUAUGGCUAAGAUACUUCCAAAAGUACUUGGUGACGCAGAUAUCCCGAGUGAAGGCAACCUUCCUUUCACCAACUUUGACUCAAUAACGGACGGGACUACUGUCGACGCAGUGCCCGACUUAUUCGACGGAUCAUACCCAAAAGAUAUCCAUGAGAGGAUCAAACAAGAGCUGAGUGACAUGAUUAUACCCACAAAACACAGUUUAGUACCCGCUGUACCAAAUUUCUUCAUGGAGGCUAAAGCUCCACGCGCCGGCGCUGAUAUCGCGAAGCGGCAGGCAUGCCUGGAUGGGGCCGUCGGGGCUCGCGCUAUGCACAAAUUGCAAAACUAUGGCGAGGACAAGCCGGUCUAUGACGGUAAUGCCCACACAUACAGCUCAACCUAUCACAAUGGCCAGCUUAUGCUCUACGCCCACCAUGUGACUGGCCCGACGGCCGAAGGAGAACGGGCCGAGUACCAUAUGACACAGCUGAAGGGGUACACUCUGACGGGUGAUCGAGAGACUUUUGUCACAGGUGCUACUGCUUUCCGGAAUGCUAGGGACCUUGCUCGCCGACAGCGAGAGAGGCUCAUUAGGGAAGCCAACGCUAGAGCUUUGCAAACAGGAGAAUUAGCCGCUGGAGAGCAUCUUAUCGAAGAGUGUGAUGACAGCCAUCCAUCAGAUGGAAACGCAUGGCAAGAUAUCCAUGACGAUCUGCAGCAGCAAAUUUGCGAGACCUACACCGAAGUCCAAGAAGACAGUGGUCCCACUACUCCCACGCAUCAAUAUACGUCUGAUGAUUCGCAAGACCCAAGCCGAGAUCCAGGCGCUUCCGGAACCAAUGAUCCGAGCAGCCUCACUCCUGAUUCUAGUACGGACACUACACGCCCAAAGCGUGCCCGACAAUCGUUGAGCUCCCCAACGCUAGGGAGCCGCUUAUCUAAGAGUCGAUCGCGUGCUACCGCAGCCCAGCGAUCUGCUCGGUCGCCCAUCACUGGAGAAACUGAGUCAUAG